AUGUCAUCUUCGGAACGAAUUGAAGAAAAAAUCGGUUUAGAAACAAGUGAAAAGAAGGAAGAUAUUAGUGAAUCAACCGGGGGAGGAAGUAAUAAUACCCCCGUUGAACUGGUGGAACACAAACAUGUUGAGGUUGCUGACGAGAUUCCUCCGGAACUAGAAGCUUUGCUUCAUACUGAUCCUUCUUACGGUUUAACUACUGAUGAAGCUCUAAAACGACUUGAAGAAUUCGGUCGUAAUGAACUCGCUGAAACUAAAACAAAUCCUAUCUUAAAAUUUUUGUCCUACUUUACCGGGGCUAUUGCUUAUUUAAUCGAAUUAUCAUGCGUAUUUGCUGCGAUUGUGCAACAUUGGAUCGAUUUUGGUAUCAUUUUGGCCUUAUUAUUUGUUAAUGCUUUCAUCGGUUUUAUUGAAGAAGCUCGCGCUGAAUCUGCUUUGGAUGCUUUGAAACAAACCCUUGCUUUAAAGGCUAAAGCUUGGCGUAAUGGUGAAUUUGUCGAAGUUGAUACCGCUGAACUUGUUCCCGGUGACAUAAUUGGUCUUCGUCUUGGUGAUAUCAUUCCCGCUGAUGCACGUCUUCUUGGUAUCUCGGUUACUGGUGGUGAAACUGAAGGUACUCUUUCCAUCGAUCAAUCCGCUUUAACUGGUGAAUCUCUUCCCGUUGAAAAAAAGAAAGGCGAUACCGUUUAUUCCUCUUCCAUUGUAAAACAAGGUCAAAUGUUGGCUGUCGUUACAAAAACUGGUUCAAAUACUUUUAUAGGUCGUGCUGCCAAUUUGAUCUCAAUAACUGUUGAACAAGGUCAUUUUCAAAAAAUUGUUAAUGCUAUAGGAAAUUUUUUGAUUUUGAUCACUGUUGUUCUGGUCAGCAUCAUUUUCGUCUAUCAGAUGGUUUCUUUCCGUAAUGAUCCUGUAAAAGGCAACGUUUUUGAGGUUCUUGGUCAUGUAUUGGUCCUUACCAUCGCUGCUAUUCCUGUCGGUCUUCCCACUGUUUUAUCCGUAACAAUGGCUGUUGGUGCUAAACAACUUGCUGCUAAAAAAGUUAUUGUAAAACGUCUUACUGCUGUUGAAGAAAUGGCUUCUGUAUCAGUUCUUUGUUCUGACAAGACUGGUACUUUAACUCUUAACGAAUUAACUUUCGAUGAACCUUAUUUAUGUCCUGGUUAUACAAAAAAUGAUAUUCUUCUUUAUUCUUACCUUUCUGCUGAACCUGGUGCUAAUGAUCCUAUUGAAUCUGCUGUGAGAACUGCCGCUGAAAAAGAUCUUGAAAUCCUUCAAAAUCGUCAAAAUCAACACGAAGUUCCUGGUUAUAAAGUUACCGCCUUCAUUCCUUUCAAUCCUGCAACUAAAAUGACUAAUGCAACUGUCGUUAAUAUUGAUACAAAUGAAGUUUUUAAAGUUGCUAAAGGUGCCCCUCAAGUUAUUAUUAAACUUGUUGGUGGUGAUGAUGAUGCCGUUCGUGCUGUUAAUUCUUUGGCUGUUCGUGGUCUUCGUGCUCUUGGUGUUGCUCGUACUUUUCCCGAUGAUCCUGAAACUUAUAAAUUGGUCGGCAUGAUUUCUCUUCUUGAUCCUCCUCGUCCUGAUUCAGCUGAAACUAUAAGACGUUGUAAUCAUUACGGUGUAGAAGUAAAGAUGAUUACUGGUGAUCAAUUAAUAAUUGCUAAAGAAGUUGCCCAUAGACUUGGAAUGAAUAGAGUUAUUCUUGACGCGAAUCAUUUGGUCGAUCCUGAUAAAACUGAAGAGGAAGUUACUCAACAUUGUGAACGUGCCGAUGGUUUUGCUCAAGUUAUUCCUGAACAUAAAUAUCGUGUUGUUGAACUUUUACAAAAACGUGGUUUACUUGUUGGUAUGACUGGUGAUGGUGUUAACGAUGCUCCUGCUUUAAAGAAAGCAAAUGUUGGUAUUGCUGUUCACGGAUGUACUGAUGCCGCUAGAUCUGCUGCUGAUAUUGUACUACUGGCUCCUGGUCUUUCUACCAUUGUAGAUGGUAUCAUGACAUCUCGUGCUAUCUUUCAACGUAUGAGAUCAUACGCUUUAUAUCGUAUAACUUCUACCGUGCACUUUUUGAUAUUCUUCUUUUGCAUCACUCUUAUUGAAAACUGGCAAAUGAGUGCUAUUCUUUUGAUUUUAAUUGCCUUGUUAAAUGAUGCUGCAACACUUGUUAUCGCUGUCGAUAAUGCUAAAAUUUCCCCUCGUCCUGACAAAUGGCGUCUUGGUCAAUUAAUCGUUUUAUCAAUUAUAUUGGGUCUUCUCUUGACCGCUGCUUCUUUUGCUCACUUUUACAUCGCAGUAUAUGUAUUCAAUAUUGGCCUUGAUGAUCAAAGAUUAGAAACCAUAAUGUACCUUCACAUUUCAUCCGCUCCUCAUUUUGUAAUCUUUUCUACUCGUUUGUCUGGUUACUUUUGGGAAAAUCUUCCAUCUCCCACUUUCUUUGUUGCCGUUAUUGGAACUCAAAUCUUUGCCAUGUUCAUUUCCAUUUAUGGUCUUCUUACACCUGCAAUUGGUUGGGGUUGGGGUGUCAGUAUCAUUGUAAUUUCAUUAUUAUACUUCUUCGUUCUGGACUUUGUUAAAGUCAACGUAUUCAAAUAUUGGUCAUUUGAGUUGACUGCGAAAUUAGUCCCAACACCAGCAAGAAAGAACAAAUUAAGAGAUCGUAAAUUAGAUCAAAUUUAUCGGGAAAGAGUAACACAAACCAUCGCGAAAGUUAGAAAGGUGGUGAUAAUAUCAAAAGUUAUAUUAGCAUUUAGACAUGCAAAGAAAUUGUCAAAUAAGAGUACCAUCUAA